AUGGGCGGGAGGCAGGGCGCGCUGCGCACGGGGCUGGGCUGCGCCCUGCUGCUGGCCCUCUUCCUGCUGGGCUUCCUGGGAGGCUGGUUAAUGAAACCUACUAAAAAAACAACUAGCUCAGCAGAUGCCUAUCAAAAUGUGAGACAGAAACUUGUGGCUGAAAUGAAAGCAGAAAACAUCAAGCAGUUUCUACGUUCGUUUACAAAGUUUCCUCACCUGGCAGGAUCAGAACAGAACCUUCACCUUGCUAAGCAAAUUCAAGCCCAGUGGAAGGAAUUUGGAUUGGAUUCAGCAGAGCUGGUUCAUUAUGAUGUCCUCCUUUCCUACCCAAAUGAAACUCAGCCCAACUAUGUCUCAAUUAUUGAUGAUCAAGGGAAUGAGCAAACCAAGCACAAGGCAAGUUUUGUGUAUGGCGAAGCCAUCCCCACCCCAAGAUCGAAUACCAAUAUUUCACUGCUUUUCAGCCAAACAAGUACAGCUGUUUCUGAGAAUGAGAUUUUCAAUACAUCGUUGUUUGAGACGCCCCCUCAGGGAUAUGAAAACAUUACUGGUGUGCUGCCACCAUAUAAUGCUUUUUCAGCUCAAGGAGUGCCAGAGGCAGAUCUGGUGUACGUGAACUAUGGCCGCACAGAAGAUUUUUUCAAACUAGAGCGAGAGAUGGGAAUUAAUUGUACUGGAAAGAUUGUCAUUGCCAGAUAUGGGAAAAUCUUCAGAGGAAACAAAGUUAAAAAUGCCAUAUUAGCUGGAGCCAAAGGCAUUAUACUGUAUUCAGACCCUGCUGACUAUUGCGCCCCUGGAGUAGAUCCUUAUCCAAAUGGCUGGAACCUUCCUGGAGGUGGAGUCCAGCGCGGGAAUGUGUUAAAUCUGAAUGGGGCAGGGGAUCCUCUCACGCCAGGUUAUCCAGCAAAAGAAUAUACCUUCAGGUCUGAAGUUGAUGAGGGAGUGGGAAUUCCCAAAAUCCCAGUUCAUCCCAUUGGAUAUCAUGAUGCAGAAAUAUUAUUACGCAUCCUGGGAGGACCUGCAGCACCAGACAAUAGCUGGAGGGGAAACCUCAAUGUGUCUUACAACAUUGGGCCUGGAUUUGCAGGCAGCUAUUCUAUAAGAAAGGUCAGAAUGCAUGUCCACACUCACAACAAAAUAACACGAAUUUACAAUGUUAUUGGCACUAUCAGUGGAGCGGAGGAACCAGACAGAUAUAUUAUUCUGGGAGGACAUAGAGACUCCUGGGUAUUUGGUGGGAUUGAUCCAACCACUGGCGCAGCUGUUCUUCAAGAAGUUGCUCGGAGUUUCGGCAAAAUGAUGAUGGAAGGUUGGAGACCUAAAAGAACUAUUAUUUUUGCUAGCUGGGAUGCAGAAGAAUUUGGACUAUUAGGUUCCACAGAAUGGGCUGAGGAGAAUGUUAAAGUUCUUCAGGAACGGGCCGUUGCUUACAUCAACACAGAUUCUUCUAUAGAAGGCAACUACACUUUAAGAGUUGACUGCAGCCCCCUUCUCUACAAAUUGGUGUAUAAUCUGACAGAAGAGAUUGCAAGCCCUGAUGAGGGUUAUGAAGGCAAGUCUCUCUAUGAGAGCUGGCUUGAAAAGGACCCCUCAACAGAAAGUAAAAGUCAUCCCAGAAUAAACAAACUGGGAUCAGGCAGUGAUUUUGAAGCUUAUUUUCAGCGUCUGGGAAUUACAUCAGGCAGAGCCCGUUAUACAAAGAACAGGAGAGCAGACAAGUUCAGCAAUUACCCAGUUUACCACACCGUCUAUGAGACUUUUGAGUUAGUAGAACGAUUUUAUGACCCCACAUUCACGAAACAGCUUACUGUUGCCCAGUUACGAGGAGGACUGGUGUAUGAACUGGCAGACUCCCAGGUCAUUCCUUUCAACUGCCAAGAUUAUGGAGAAGCCUUAAGAAAAUACACAAAUAGAAUCUAUAAUUUGACCAAGAAACAUGAAGAACAGGUAGAGACUUACGGAGUGUCAUUUGGUCCCCUUUUUUCUGCUGUGACGAAUUUCACAGAAGCUGCUGCUGAUUUUCACAGAAGACUUAAAGAGGUUGAUGUGAAUAAUCCAAUUGCUGUGCGAAUCAUGAAUGAUCAGCUGAUGUUUGUGGAAAGAGCUUUCAUCGAUCCUCUUGGUUUACCAGGCAGGAAAUUUUACAGGCACAUUGUUUUUGCUCCGAGCAGCCACAACAAGUACGCUGGAGAGUCAUUCCCAGGGAUCUACGAUGCCGUGUUCGAUAUAGAAAACAAAGCGGAUCAGCGCAAAGCCUGGGAAGAAGUAAAGAGGCAGAUCUCCAUUGCAGUCUUCACCGUGCAGGCUGCAGCAGGGACUCUGAAGGACGUAGCAUAG